CUUAUCUUCACUGGAAUCUAUGUUCAUGUGUAGGUUACUUACUAACUAACUGUCCAGUUAAAGCUCUUUUAUUCUAUUUCUCUCAGUCAUCGCGUAGACUGGCAGUCAACUUUGAAGCUCCAAAAGUUCUUCACGUUCCCAUAUGCACCUAAAUCAUCUCCAUAAGAACACUCAACAACCCGUCUGAAACUUCGACACAAGCACCAAAAAAACAGCCAUGGAAGAUCCCCAAAACAAACCUCCACACAUAGCCAUUGUCCCAACUCCAGGAAUGGGCCAUCUAAUCCCACUUGCUGAGUUAGCUAAACAACUCGUCCUCCAUUGCAAAUUUUCCAUCACCUUCGUAGUUCCCAAUGACGGAUCAUCCAUGGAACCCCAUAAGAAACUCCUUCAAUCCUUACCGAAAACCAUAUCCUCCAUCUUUCUUUCGCAUGUGAGCUUCGACGAUCUCCCUGACAACGCUCCGAUUGAGGCAAGAAUCGUACUCAGCUUGAUCCGUUCUCUUAAUUCUCUUCGAGACUCGUUAAAAGUACUAAACGAGUCGACUCGUUUAGUCGCCCUGGUCGUCGAUCUCUUAGGCACGGAUGCUCUUGCAUUGGCUAAAGAUUUCGACAUUCUUCCCUAUAUCUUCUUUCCUUCAUCGAUGAUGGCUUUGUCAUCGGUUUUCUAUCUUCCAAAACUUGAUGAAACUUACCGUUGUGAGUACAGGGACAUCCCCGAACCGGUUAAGUUACCCGGAUGUGUUCCUAUCCAUGGAAAGGAUCUCAUGGAUCCGGUUCAGGAUAGGAAAAACGAGGUCUAUAAAAUGGUUCUUCAUAUAGCAAAGUUGUAUAAUAAUGCUUCUGGGAUUUUGGUUAAUAGUUUUGCGGAUUUGGAACCAGGUGCUUUCAAGGCCUUGAAAGAAGGAAUUCAAGGAAACCCACCGGUUUACUCUGUUGGACCUCUGAUUCGGGUCGGGUCUGAAGUCGAUAGGAGAUCCGAGUCCGAGUGUUCGAGGUGGCUGGAUAAGCAGCCAAAAGGGUCGGUGUUGUUUGUUUCGUUUGGGAGUGGUGGAACUCUUUCUCAUGAGCAACUGAACGAGUUGGCUUUGGGAUUGGAGAUGAGCGGUCAGAGAUUCCUUUGGGUGGUUCGGAGGCCAAAGAAAGCUGCACAUGGAAAUUACUUUGAUGCCCAGAGCGUGGAAAACGACGACGUUUUUAAUUUUCUACCCGACGGGUUUCUGGAAAGGACAAAGGAAGUGGGAUUGGUUGUCCCUUCUUGGGCUCCACAGGUGCAGGUUCUUAGCCAUGGUUCCACUGGUGGGUUUGUUUCCCACUGUGGUUGGAAUUCUGUGCUGGAGAGCAUCGUUCAUGGUGUGCCUUUGAUUGCUUGGCCACUUUAUGCUGAGCAAAAAAUGAAUGCUGUUUUGUUGGCCGAUGAUUUGAAAGUUGCUGUGAGGGUCACAGUCAAUGAUAAAGGUCUGGUUGGGCGCCAAGAAAUUGCCGAGUAUGCAAAGGGACUGAUUGAAGGAGAAGAAGGAAAAUUGCUUAGGCACAGGAUGGAAAGUUUCAAGGAAGCAGCUUCAAUGGCUUUGAGCAAAGAUGGGUCUUCUACAAAAUCACUUGCGGAGGUUGCUCAGAUUUGGAAUAGGCACAAAAAUUAAUCCCCAAUAUCUUAUUACCUCUGUUUUCUAUGCUUGUUUUGCAUCUUCUUUAAUUUCUCUGUUUUUUAGUCUCUGAAAUCCACCUACUAGCCCCCUCAUAUGCCAGGCUUGAUUUGCAAAGAAAACACCAGAAAUUUCAUGUACUUAGUUGUCUUUUUCCUUUUUUUAGCUGAAACAUGUACUUCGUUGUCCAAUACUAUUAUUAUGUAUGCGACGCAGUGUACGCCAUGGUGUGGUUGAUAUAUAAUUUUACUUCCAGGCUUUGCAACCA